UGUGUGCGUGAGCCGCUGAUAACGCAGCUGAUCGGGCGAUUCCACUGAGAGUUUUCGAUUUGAUCUGAGGAGUGCGCGGACGCAGAGCAUGGCCAGCAAUUCCACCCAGUCCCAGCAGUCAACCAGGAUCACCAGCGACAUGGUCAACCAGCUGCAGCCGUCGUCGCAGGAAACGAAGGUGGCGGCGGUUCCCAGUGAGCCCCAGUGGCGUUCGCCCCAGCUGAUGAUCGUCUUCGAGGACGGGGAUCUGCACUCAGCACGCCAGCAGUUGCUCCAGUCGCUGCAGAAUCCCUUUGCCGUGGGUUCGGUGGCCACCCUGCUGCUCCAGGAGAGCAUUGCCGAUCAGUUUGUGGGCCUUGUGGCCCAGGACCUGCGUCCGUUGUCCCAGGAGGUGUCCAAGCAUCCGGCGUACAUCAACGCGUUGGCCAAGAUCGAUCAGCUGAAGGCCAAGGCGGUGCAAGGAGCCAGCCUCAAGGCAGGGGAAUCGCCCGUCUUGGUGUACGACUGUGUGCACAGCUAUCUGGGAAGUGGAGCCACGGGUGUGGUAACAGUUCACACUUUCCGCACAGCCAAGGAGGCCGGCGAGCUGGCCAAACGGGAUCCCCUGCCUUAUGGCCAAGUUAGCCUGUGGAACGAGAAGCUGGGCUGCGCCUACGAGCUGAUACCACGACUGCCCAGCGAUAUUGUGGCCAUUAACUGCUUCAAUCCGGACGUGGACCCCAUCAGGGACUCCUUUGCUGCCGACCGCAACGAUGUGCUUUUGGUCAAGAACUAUCACUAUGAGUCCCUGGUGGUGAGCGGCAAACGGAGGAUCAUCGUGUUUCCCGUGGGCACCAUCUUUGGCAACUGAAGUGUUGCACGUCUGGACCUCUGGACGAUCAGGAACGAAACACAUCCAGGUGCUCUUUUAGCCAUACUUUGAAUUACCUCUCUAAGCAUUUUACCUGUAGCUUGGGGCCUUUUUCACAGUUCAAUUGGAAUUUGAUCUAACUACUUUCUAGUUAUACUACUAAAGUGGCUACACUUUCUAAGAAAUUAUCUGGCUUUGAAAUCAGUUAAGUUGCCAUCAUGAUAUCAUAAUAUUCCAACUGAAUUGCCAGAAGGUCCUCGAGUCUGAAUUGUUUUUUAUACUCUGUCAAUAAUUGUCCACUGAAAAAUC